AUGAAGCUUUCAUGCCGGCCACCGACCUUUUCCUGGCUUGUGACUUGGACACUGUUUUCCCUGGCUUACGCAAUGAAGCUAUCGCAGGAGUUGAACGCUUCCACGUUGGGAGCUACAGCUACCGCGCACUACCCUGCCUCGGACUCACAGCUAGCGCUGCUUGUGGAGCAGGCUCAGCUUCGUGACUCUGGUGUGCAAGGGGCACUCAUCGCCCGCUCCUCCGCCAUGUCUCUCGCCAACGCCUCUGGAAAAGACUCGGACAACUCCCUGGACGCUGUUGUAUCCGGAAAGCUUUUUGGGGAUGCCUUCAAUACCUUCAAAGGCAUUGCCGAGACGCUUAAAAAAUCAGGCAUGACCGUGGGCACUGCCUUCGCGAACACCGCCGUUGUGGUGGGGAACAGCGUUAUCGACCCCCAAAAAAUUCGUUUCGACGACUUGGGUGGAACCUUCAAAGACUAUGUGAAUCACAUAGGCAGCACUGCCGUUGCUGUCGGAGAAGUGGCAGCGGACACCGCAAUGGAUGUUGCGCAAACAGCAGUAGAGCAGACAAUCCAGCUUGCCAAGACAACCUUGGAGCAUGCGAAGAAGACAGCUGAACAAGGGGUGAAGAUGGCCACCAAAGUCGGGAAAUUCCUUGCAGAGAAGGCGAAACAAUUUGGGUCAGAGAUCGCCAAGGUGGGGCCUUUGGUCGCAGGUUUUGCGGUGGCAGCCUGGGAGGCUGUCAAGAAGUGGGUCAGUUGCUUCAAGGACUCCAGCUCCCUUUGCCAAGUUCUGAUCGGCAGAGUGUGCGACUGCAAUGCUGGAAGUGAAGUCAAGAUCGAUCCUUUCAAUCCCACGUAUAUGAAGGUGAGAUGUGUCUUUUCGAAAACCUCUGACUUCACCCAGGGCUUCGGCAUUUCCGCAAGCAAAGAUAGCAAUGGCAAGGAAAAUGUACUGCCAGGCAAGGAGUACCAGCAAGCUUACAAGAUGUUGGGCCAAGCCAUGAAGACUCGCGAUCAAGCUUUGAAGGAGCUCGAGACACCUGCGGCACCUGGCAAGUGCGAGGCAGGCCUCAAUGUGGCUGUAGAUGGAGUCUCGCAGUUCAGCCCAGACCUCACCAUGGAAGUGAACACCGAUGGGUGGACUAAGAUCGCAAUCAAGGGCAACAUCCGGACAUCUUUCGACACGCUCGUCUCAGGGCAGGGCAGCUGCCAGUACACGCUCGCGAAGCCCCUGCAUGAUCCCAUAAAACAGGUGGUUUGCGCUUCGAAGUUCUGCAUCAUCAUAAUGCUCUCGACAUCGGUGAAGCUUGUGGGGAAGGGCGUUCUCACCGGAACCAUCGAGAUGUCCAAUGAAGCGUCGUUCGACGUCGAUGCGACUGUGGAGCUCGACAAGCACGGCAGGUCCAGAGUGCUGGCGGACAGCCCAGGCAUGAAGCACCAGGAAGCCAUCACGAUUGGGGCAAGCGCGGAGGCUUCAGUGACCUUGAGUGUGGGACCAGAGCUCAUGGCGACUCGCCUGGAGGGCCAGGGGGGGUCAGCUCUGCUGCUCGAGGUUCGGGGCAGUCGGGGCAGUCGGCUGAGGUCUGGCCUGUACCAGGCAUCCCGAUCACCUUCGCCCCCAAGCUCAAUGCGGAAGCCAAAGCGAAGGGCACCAUCCAGCACCCUCCAGGCGCGGAACCCGUAA